CAGUGCAAAUAAAAAAAUCCUACGCCAACUAGUAGAAAGAAAAUUUUUGUCGGGUCGAAAAGAAUUCAAUUUUGUUGUAAAUAAUUCGAAUCCGGUCGUAAAACUAUCGCAAAAAUGUGGCCAAAGUGGCGUGGAUGUGAUUGAUGCGUGAAAAUUUUGGAUUGGUGCUGUUUUUCGGGGGUAAUUUGUGCAAAGAAAAUCUGUUGAUUGGGGCCUCUGCUGACGAGUGAUUCUUUUUCUGCCUGCCGUGGAAGAAGAGAAAAAAUCAAAAUGGUUGUAUCAAAGGACGGCAAGCGCCGGAGAAAAGUCGGAUCCGCCGCGACUGUUGGUGCAAAUAGUAGUUCUGGAAAUGGCACUAGCAACAACAACAGUGUCACCGGAGGAAGCUCCUCCGGACAUGGGUCACGUGGCACCGGCGCCGCAAGUUCUGCGGUGAAUGCUUCCAGCAGUGCGGCAGCAGCAGCAGCGGCCAAAAGAGAAACUCCCGACAGCGAUCUGUCACCGCCGGAGAUUCCCAAAAGGCCAAAAGUGCAAGCUCAACGUAAGUUCGCUCAAGGCCAGGGCGUCGCUUCUACGUCCGCAUAUCUAAACUUCAGUACCAAUCCAACGAACGCAACCAGAGAUGCACAAAGUCGAGCGCAAGGUGGAGCCGAAGCCGGUCCAAUUCCGGAAUUGUUGCCCAACAUGCGCCCGAAUACCGAAGACUUUCUAACGUUUCUUUGCUACCGAGGUACGCCGGUUCUGCCGCCCAGUUUAGAUUUUUUCAACACAGCCGCACAGCAACAGAACGCUUCAAGUUCUGGAAACAGACCAACGCUUCCGUCGUCAUCGACAUCAAAAACGGUUGCAAAAUCCAGCGCAAGUUCUGCGCAACAACUGGAUACUACCCCAAUCAAGCAGGAUGAGCCGGAAAGUAGUAAAAAGAAAUCCAUAUCUGCAGCGGCCAGUCCAACUCCCGCCAAAGAAAGAGAUAUAAAAGAGGAUAAACCAGAAGUAGUUCCAGAGAAGCCUGCAUUCAUGCCGUUUGCGGUAAGGAAGCGUGCAGAGCAACACCCGGAAAAUAGAAGAGUUCAAACAGUGCAAGCGUUGAGAAAAAAAUACCACGAACAACGAAUGGCCAAAUUAAGACAUACCGCAUAUAACAAACAGACUAGAGCGAGUGCCGUGAAAAGUAGGUUGGAUUUGGAUGCCGACGAAGACGAUGGGAAGAAAGAUAAUGAAGUUUGUGAUAAUGGAGAAGAAAAGAAUAUUAAAAAGGAAAAGGGUAAUUCAACUAAGAAGAAGCCAGUGAAGAAGAAAGUUGCUAAAAAGUCACCAAAACAAAUUGAUAAGCAAGAGAUACAGGAAUUGAUAGAUGUUAAGAUUGUUUUGAACAAAGAUGAUGUAGAAAUGAAAAAUAUUGAAGUGAAGAAAGAUGAACAAAUAGAAGAUGCGUUACCCCCAAAAGAAACUAAAGAAGAUACUCAAAAGGUGAAAACGAAAGGGGUUAAGAAAAAAUCACUAGAUGCUGAAGAUACAGAAAAACGUACUACAAGGCUAUCCGCAUUGAGAAGCCCAACAAUGAGGCCUGUCACCCCAGUUAAGCCACCCACGCCUGCUCCAACUCCGGUGGUAGAAAAAAGUGAAAAAGUGGUAGAGCCUGAACCAUCUGCUGUACAAGAAUUUUCUUCAGAUGAUGAUGAACCGCUUCUCAAACGGGCAGCCAGAAAAAAAGCUAACGCAAAAUCUCUGAACACUAAAAAGAGUAGAAAAUCGGAACCAAUUCCGGAAAAAUCCUUGGAAGAACUUCCAGAAAAGAAGGCACGCCGAUCCGAGUCAGCAAGCAGAAGAUCUGACGUGAGCUCCAAAAAAUCCGAUCCCAUCGUGGAAGUUCCACUCGUGCAAAAAAGAGCGGCACGUGGUCGCAAAAGGAAAGAAUCGCCUCCACCGCCACCCGGUCCUGUUUCAGAAGGAACAAAAUCUGAAAAUAAAGUGUUAUCUUCAGAAUCUACAAACAACAAUAAGAAUAAGAAUAAAACUCCUCCAGUCUCCAAGCCUGCAGAAGAGUUUACUAAAACAAUAGAAGAGAAACCAGAUCUGUCUCCUGAAAAGCAAACGCUGAAAUCUCCUCCAGAAUCACAUGCAAAGACACCAUCAAAGAAAAGUACAGCUAAGAAAAAGAAGGCAGAACCAGCGGCUGCCACUGAACCGCCUUCCGUGGAGGAGAAGAAAUCAAAGAAAACACCAGAACCAGUAGCCGAAGUGAGCACUCGGCCCAGUCGUAAGACGAAGGAAGCAGCUACUUUAUACAUGGAGUUGAUUGGACGUAAGCUGAAUCACGACGACAAAUCUGACGAUGAUGCUUCGUCGCUGGAUAGCUUAGAGCUACCAAAUGUACGGAGGUUGGAAAAAAUGGAAAAUGAGCUCAAGGCUAACGCCGGCAAGAAGGAUUCUAAAACAGUGGCAAAUAAAAAAGGAAAAAAGAAAAAAGAGAUUGACGAGACAAAGCAAAAAGAGAAAACACCGGAACCGAUACUUACGGAAACAGUGGAAAAGAUCAAUGAUAAUGUAGAAGACUCUAAACAUAUAGAGAAAAGUUUCAGUGAUUCUGAUGAAGAACCUCUGGCAACUAAAUUCCAGCGUAAGAAAAACCAAACACGACAGAAACAAAAGGAGAGAAAAACAAGAAAAUCUCCUGCAAAAAAGAGUCCGGUAAAGGCUUCUCCAAUCAAAGAUCCUGUGGUUGAACCAAUAACGGAAGAGAUAAAACCAGAAGAACCAACAAUUGAGAAUAUUCCUCCGAAAGUGGACGACCCGCCGCCAACAAUAGAAAGGCUUCCUUCGCCUGUUCCCAAAGCGCCUACUCCAGUGAAAACUCCUACCAAAAUGUCCACAUCGCCUAUAACUUCCAGUCCCAAGGUUGUUACCCCACAAAAGCUCAGUCUUCCACCUCAGCUAACCAGUCCGGAAAUAUUACGAUCCCCUGUAACAGACGAUUUAACUCCGGCGCGCGUUAACAAAUCUCACGACAAUACAUUCCAAUCAACAGCAGCUGAAGCGAGCACAUCUCCAGUGAAGCAACCGGUGGCGCAGCCUCAACAACCGUUCAUUCGCUCGAUUAAACCACUUCCCAUCACCUCACCGGAAAUCUUUUCGGAUAAACCUGCGACUUCUGCACAACCGGAAAUUCCGUUCAACCGAAAUGUUAAAAACGAUUUUAAUUUGGACGAAGCAGACUUCCUCAAAGGCUUUGAACAAAACUCGCCAACGUCGCCGGUGGCCCCUAAAUCUAAUUCGCUUCUCGGCAACUUACUACCCAGCAAAGAAGAGUCGGAAAAAAUAUUCGGAAUAGCGAGCGUAAGCUUAGCUCAGAGCUCUGGACCGCUUGAUACCAAAUGUACAUUGGGUAAGUGUGGUUCCGUACACAAACCACCGCUGGGUCCUCCCGUGCUGACCGAAUCACUACUCGGCGGGCAUUUAUCCCCACGGGACAGACGGAAAACCAAGGUCAAUAUGACACACGAACAAAUCCAAAAAUGGAUUGAUGAAACGUCGUGGUCUCCAGUGCCGGACGAUAUGGAAGGCGAUCUAAAAAUUCUCGAAACUCCUAAAACACCCGUCCCGACGCCCCCCGCAAUUGCUUGGGAGAAAUUAGUAGAAAACAAACAGGAGCCAACGCCGGCUGUUGAGGCGCCAAAUCCUACUCCAGAACCCGCUCAGCCCAAAAAGGAAGAGGAAGUGAAACCAACAACUCCUCAACCCAGUGGAAGCGGUUCGAGAGGGCCAACUCUGAAAGCCAAGCCGGUUACUGUUAAGCCGGAAAAGGAAGUCGAUAAGGAACCUGCACCAGAACCACCCAAAGUUCCAGAGAAAAAACCGAAAGAGGAAAUAAAAGAAGAAGAAAAGAUAAAACCUCCAACACCUGCCAAAAUGCGUUCGCCGUCUCCAGUAAAGAAAGAAACCAAAAAAGAGAGUAAGAAAACGAAAGCCGAAGCUGCACCUGCAACAACUGUGCCCACGCCCAUUACAACGGCUGCAGCAACAAUUACCACGACCUCAGCAGCAACGUCAUCGGCCGAUCGAAAACCAAUCUAUAAGCAAGGUAGAACUCCCGUCUACAAACAAGAGGCCUUAAAGUCGUCAACCAAAUCAUCAAAUUUGACGGCUCCGAACAAAUUUGGAGCAUUUUCGCCGAACAACGAAGCGAGUGUGUAUUCAUUUGACAAUGAAGAUAACUUUACACCUUUGGCUACGCCUUUCCGACGACAUAGCCGCAGAGAGUCUUGUAAUUCAUCUGUACGGGACGAAGCUCAGGCCCCAGUUCCUAACCAACCUACCCAGAACAAGAAGCAGACUGUGCAGGAGGAAAAACCUGCGUCCUCGACUUCGACAUUCCAAAAACCUAUCAACUUGAGCACGCCGGCAAAAUCAGGAGUUCAACCUGGAGUUAGUUUAACGCUAAGUCCUGAGGAAGGUUCCAAAACUGCUGCCAUAGCAGUUCCAUUGGAUAGUAACAAAGCGGAAACAUCGAAAAAGUCAGUGGAUGAAAAGAAAGCCAAUGCUGACGAUUCGGAUGACGAAGGACAUACUUUUUACAUACCAUUACAAGGUCCGAAUGCGGCCGGAAGUGGUAAAGCGGAUCAACUCAUCCAAGGUGUUGCAGUGAAACUAGGAACGGAAGGUCCGGAAGGCCCUAAUCAGAGGGUAAUAAUGCACGCCAAGCUUGUCACUAAAGCGCAGAUGGGAUCUAAUACUACACCUAUCCCGGAAUCAAUGAACGUGCAAGAGUUGGUUAAAAGUCUCAUGGCGGCUGGCCCGAGCAUGAGCAAGGAUGGAAUCUCCAAGAUGGUGCCCGUCGGCACAGUGCAGCCUCGAUUCAAAUCAAACGAAUCGACAGCAGCUGACAAAUCACCGGCUCCUCCUCCGGUGACAGUGACGGCUCCUUCCACUCCAGCUCCUGAAGACACCCGAGGGGGUCUCUCGCGCAUUAACUCUAAUUCGUCACUCAACUCGUCACAAAGAUCGAAGAAUGCCAAAGCAAAGGGCAAAAUUGACACUCAAGUGCAACCGGACAAUAACACGGCCUUUCCGCGGCGGGACGAUCCUCCUCAAAUGGUGGAAGCCCCCGUUUUCAAGCCAAAUGAUAAGGAAUUCCACGAUCCCAUUGAGUACAUCGAACGGAUUGCACCUGUGGCGGCUCGAUUUGGCAUUUGUCGUAUUAUACCACCCGCAAGCUUUAAACCGGAAUGCCGAAUAGCUGAUGACAUGCGCUUCAUGGCCUACAAUCAGUACGUUCACAAAAUGUUGCAUCGCUGGGGACCAAGUGCUAAAGAAUAUGCCGCCAUCAAAAAAUACUUGGCCACUCAGAGUAUCAACUUGCAAAAUCCGCCGUUGAUCGGUGGGAUGGAAGUGGAUCUGCCCCGAUUAUAUCAUACGGUGCAAGAACUUGGUGGCCUUAAAGAGGUUAUCGAAAAGAAAAAAUGGGCUCGUGUGUCGGAAGACAUGUGCAUUCCAAAAGCGGCGCAUGAUCGCGUUUCGAAACUGGACGACAUUUACUGUAAAUAUCUUCUUCCGUACGACACUUUGUCACCAGCCGAAAGACAAAAGCUGUUCGACGAAGUGGAAGCAGAUUGGGCUAAACGCGAGGCAAAAGCUCGUCGGAAUGCAGAUAAGUGUGUGAGCUCCGAUAUACGCAACAGUGGCGAUUCGGAUGAGGACGAGGAGGAGUCAAACGAGGAAGAAGAAGACGACGAGCGAUCGAUGGAAUGCAUUAUGAAGGGUCGAAAUAUGCCGUUGAAUCAAUUCUUCCGGAUAGCAAGGAAUACGAUGGCACUGUGGUUUAAAAAUUCAGAGCCGACCGUUGCGGAAAUUGAAAGCGAAUACUGGCGGCAUGUGGCAGUCCGCGAUAGUCAUGUUUGUGUUCAUUCCGGAUCGAUUGAUUCUAGUGCUUACGGUUUCGGCUUCCCGGCGCCCAAGGUUAAGGGAUCUUCCUGUGCGAAACAUCCAUGGAAUCUCAAAGUCUUCACGAACAACAGCAGCUCGAUACUUCGUUCGCUUGGUCCGGUAAUGGGCAUCACAAUUCCAACACUGCACGUGGGAAUGCUGUUCAGUGCUUGUUGCUGGUACCGUGACCCUCACGGUUUACCAUGGAUCGAGUAUUUGCACACCGGUGCCAGUAAGAUUUGGUACGGUGUCCCGGACGAUCAAAAUUCAAACUUCCGGGCAGCCUUGACGCAGUUGGUACCGACCCAUUGCCAGAACAAGACCAUUUGGUUGCCCUGUGAUACAGCGAUGGUGCCGCCGCACAUGCUGACCGAUCGGAAUGUGUCGCUGUGCCGCACCGAACAGCAACCGGGCCAAUUCGUAGUGGUUUUCCCGAGGGCGUACACGUCCAGUCUCUGCACUGGGUACGCCGUGUCCGAGAGCGUCUAUUUCGCGUCCAGUUCGUGGCUUGGCACCGCAAAGGAGGAUUUCAGGGACAUCCAAGAAAGUUGCGAACCAACAAUGUUCUCCGUGGAACAGCUGGUAUUUUCAGUUGCGAACGACCAGCGUAGCAAUCACGACACCUUGGUGCAGAUAGUGCCAAUGAUAAAAGAUAUCUACGAAAAGGAAAAGCAGCAGCGCCAAACGAUUAAGGACCACGGUGUUAAUAAAACCGAAAAAAUCGAGUCCAAGAAGAAGACAGCGUCGCUGGAAGAGUUUGAAUGCGACAUUUGCAGGGCCAAUCUCUACCUGUCGCUGGUACGGGUGAAGAUAACCGGCGACGAUGACGAGACGCUUGACGAAGAUGAGCGGAUAUACUGUCUCAAGCAUGCCAUCAAGUUCCUUUCGGACAGUCGUCUGCCGGCCAAGUUCUGCAAGCUGGCGUACACGUACUCGUUGGAAGAUAUCGAAGAACUAUUGCGAAAGUUGCAGGACAAAAUCGCAAACAAAAAGACACCAAAAUCCGUUGCCGGCGGUAGCUCCGGGGGCGGUGGUGGAGGAAGAGCGAAAUCCUCGCUGCACCUGGCCUCGACAUCUUCGCAAUCUUCUUCGUCAUAUCAAGCGCCUAGUCACAGCAAGUACGCCGGAAUGGCUACGAUGCUGAAGUAAAUUGUAUCUAUAGCUGAUAGUUAUCGAAGUGCAUGAGUGUGUGUGUGUCUUAGUGUUAUUUUUUGUUCGCUCGGCAGAGAAGUUGAUCACAUCGUGUUGUUCAAUGAUUUGAUAUUACCGUGUGCAGUUAUAUAAGGUAAGAUUAUUUAAAUUAACACAUAACAGGUACCACUUGCAUUAAGCUGCAAAAUUUAUAAAGUUUAACUUCACAACUUGUAAGUCGCAUCUAAAAAAACUUACAAACAAGAGAAUCACAAUAGACAUAAAUAUCAUUGGUUUCCCUCUCCGUAAGAGAUCGCUUCUCUCGAUAAAAAGCGUGCUUUGACCAAUACAUUCUUGUAGGUUAUUAUUGUGAGUAGAAAUGAGUGGCGAAUAUCUAUCUGUAUAGUGAUAUAUUUACUAAAAUUCCGCUACAUUGUACAAGCUGUGUGUUACGGUAACUAAACCAGUAUUAAAUUUAAAACCGCAUCAAAAGGAACAACAAGCAGAAUGGGAGGCAAAAUCACCAGUGAUCUUGUAUUGGUCAUACAAUACUUGAACCAAUUCCAAGCCGAAGUGGCUUUUUAAAAGGGAAUGAAAAAUGUAAUUUUUUUUUCGUAUUGAAGUAUUAUCGCACGCAGUGAGAUGAAAAAUAUCGUUUUGUGUCGUUUAACUAAUUUGUCGAUAUUCGUUAUCAGAAGUCAAUUCAGAUCAAGAUUUUUUUUAUAAAUUUAAUUUUCCGUCACCGUGAAAGGUUCGUGACGAUUCGUUUCCCGUUGUGCCAGCUGAUUGCAUUUUUUUCUUGCCAUUCCGGGAAAGUAUUGUUUCUACAACUUGCCUGUUAUCGAAAUAUCCUCUUCGAACUUCGCCAUAAACUCUGAUGGUGAAGUGUCUUACCGAUGAAAAGAGAUCACGUACCCGAAUGCACCUCCUGACAAUCAAAUCAAUGGGGAUCCGAAAUUCACAAUUUUCACAACGCAUUGUUCAUGUCCAAAUAUGUUCUGCUGGGAAAUCAAAAUAGAUUUAUUGCAAAUCUACUUCGAUAAGCACACUGAUGCGUGUAUUAUGUAACUGUAUGUUUUUUCCGUCGCGAUAUUGAGGUUCAAUUUUUUUCCUAAAAUAACUUCACUCUACUAGCAUCUGGAUAAAUUGGAAGAGCAAUAAAAUCUAUUAAAGGCGUGUUUUUACGCACACUAUUCCUUUCUGCAGACUGCAAAAGUUACGAAAGAAUAGAAAAUACGAGUUGACUUCAAAGUUCAAUCAAAUAAUGAAAGUAAGCAAUGUAAGCCAAAAACCUGAAUUGAAAAUGACUUGAAAAUAUGUUAUCAACAAAUUAGUCAAUAACAUGAAAUGACAUUUUAAACGUGACAAGCGUAGAAAUCGAAUUUGUGGAAUAUUCUCUACUGGAUACAAAUAGAAGAUAGUAGUCUUCAGAGACUCUAGAAGAGAUACGAUUUUUUACAGCAAGUUUGAAACAAGACAAUAAUUAUCCUAAUGCAAAUAUAAUAACAGUGACCACACACAAAAAUUUUCAUUCGUAAUCAGACCUUCAACAAUGUCAUGUGCUUAGGAAGAAGGAUUUACGUAAUUUUUGAAUGAAUAAAUUGAAAAUUUUCAAGUUCGUUUAUUUGGUAGGCUCAGGCAAGAAUAAAUUGAAGAUAUGGUCUGUUGUUUACUUAUCUGCUAAUCACGAUAAAGGCAAAUUAUAAGCCGAAACGCGAUGAUUCUGACAACCUUUCAAAUGGAUUUUCUGUAUAAUUAACAUAAUGUGUGAAGAAAAAACUAAAAGUAUCGAAUUAAAUGGACUCAUACAUGAAAUUUUUAGAGUAUAUUUGCUGUGGUUACAAUGCGAAUGCAAGUUCUGGACCAAAACAAAGAUUCGGACUGGUGAAGUUGUGCUAAAUAAUUCAAAUUAUAUUGUCCUGACAUCAUAGAAAAACGAUUCUGAAUCGCAUGCUGGUUCCGGAGAGACUGGUAGUAAAACUACAAUUUCAAAUCAAAUUUGAAGCAGAACAUCAUGUAUGAAGAUUUGUACGAAAUCGUUUUUCCAUCACCAUCUCGAAGCAUUCAUAAAUGGCUUCUGUUCACCAAUCGCUUAGGUUUAAUAUUUCUUUAAAAUUAUAUUUUAAUUAGCUUCCAUCCCAACAACGUUAAUAGAACAGGUUAUACACAGUUUGUAGAAUUGAGCUAGGUGAUAUAUAGAUGUAAAUAGAUGUGUUUUUCAGCAGUGGAGAGGAACAUGUUUUGCAAUACAAAGUGCAAUCCACAACACAAAAUAAUCACACAAACCCCCAAUCUCUACCGGCUCGAUUAGAUUAUAGGUACCUUGCGAUAAAAAAUCUAAUAGUUUUCAGUUCUGAGUCUAGCGCUAGUGGAGCGAGUUGUAUAGAGUGUUUAAAACUGCAUGGGUUUGCGAACCACAAAACCGUUGAAAUGCAUUUAUCGAUACAUUGGAUCAGUAAGUGAGAGUGCAUAAGUUGUAUGAUAAUAAAUAUAGACAGACAUUGAAUGGUAAGUUAAAAUAUAAUCGUAAUAUCAACGUAAUAACACAGAAGAGCUAAGAAACAGAUUCACACUAUUGCAAAUCCUUCUCGCAGAUUAUAUAAUGAGAUGAUAAUAUAUCGACAGAUUUAAAAUAUUAUAAGUGAACGUUUCAAAUAGAGGAAAUUGAUCAAUAAAUUAAGGGAACCAUUGUAGACUAA